AUGUCACAAAUGCAAAAAGAAUUGGCAGCGAAAUGGUCAAAAUUGUCAGAGGACAUUGACGCGCAGCAAGAUGAAACAGACGAGGCUGCCGACGGGCUCGGAGUACUUGGCGGAAGAAACACGACGCGCACGACGCCAACCCAAUACACCCCACUCAGCGGCCAAGGGUACUUCAGCGAAGCACUGCAAGUGGAGACGACGCCGGGGUGUGUGUUCCGCGUGUACUACACUCCACCACAGCACGACAGUCCUGUUUUUGUUUUCCACCAAGGCGCUGGCUAUGCUGGACUAUCUUUCGCCUGUCUUGCAAAAGAACUGUGGCGGCUUAGUGGGGGGAGAGUGGGCACGCUUGCUUUCGACGCACGCGCACAUGGCAAGACAAGUAUAAAAGACGGUGAUGAAUUCGACGAGUAUGAUUUGUCACUCGAUACACUCACAAAUGACCUCACUAGCAUUCUUGAGAGGGUGUUUACUGGGAGCCACAAGAAUAAAUUCAUUCUAGCCGGUCAUAGCAUGGGCGGGAGCGUGUGUGCGCACGCAGUCGCACCCGUCUCGGAGCGUAUCGGUGAAGUCAUCGGGCUAUGCAUACUGGAUGCAGUAGAAGGCACGGCUAUUGAAGCACUUCCGGCAAUGGCGGGGAUUUUGAAAGGUAAUCCAGCCUCAUUCUCGUCGUUGAGCGAUGCUAUUGUUUGGCAUAUCCAUCACAAGAUAAUUCGCAAUACAGAAUCAGCUAGGCUGUCCGUACCUUCAAUGGUGGUAGAGAGGGAGGGGAAAUGGAUAUGGAGGACUGACUUGCUGAAGACCGAGCCGUUCUGGUUAAACUGGUUUAAAGGGCUUUCAAACAAAUUCAUUGCAGCUAAACCUUCCAAGCUGCUCGUUCUCGCCGGGGCUGAUAAACUAGAUACGCCGCUUAUGAUUGCUCAGAUGCAGGGAAAAUUCCAACUCAACGUCAUCCAGAAUGUCGGGCAUUGUCUUCAGGAGGACGAUCCUGCACGCGUCGCCCAAGUCUUGUAUGCAUUUUACGAAAGGAACUUUGGACAGUCGAUUGAUCUCUCAAAAAUAAAGAAAGUGGGACAGGUUUAG